UGCCGGCUUAUUUCGCGAGGCGUUUAAAAUCUGAUCCGAGGGAGCAAACGGAAUCGCCUUCUACGUCUCCAUUAUCCGGAUUUGACCCGUGUUCACGUUCCGUCAGCGUGAUCCUAAGCCGUCAGUCCGAAGACUGGGCGUCCGCUAGGGGUUAGUUUUUCGUCACUGCGAAUUAACACCAAAUGUUGAUGCGCGGUCCAGCCUCAUCCUCCGCAGUCCUUGUUUUUCGACCGUUCCUGCUCUGAGAUCUAAAGCCGAAAAGCUCGGCGUCUAGAUCUGCGGACACUUCUUGAAACUUCUUGAAACUUCUCUUUUCAUCACUCCAGACUUCUUAACAACCGAAGAGCUAAGUACCUCACUUUUGCUUCUUUAUCUUCUGGACAAAAGGGAUUUUGAAGGUAAUCUGCUCCAUGAGUGGGGUUGUGUUUUUUUUUUUUUUUUUAAAUGAUGGUGUUGGUUUUCAUGUUCCCGGAACUCAUUAAUUAGGACCCACACUUUAAAACGAUCUCUUGCCUGCCGGCGCUGCGCAUUCGAGCCCCUUCCCCUUUCUAGCCACAGGAAUGGUGGUGGCUGAGAGGCCGUCAGCUUCUGGGUGCCCCAGGCGCCUCCCACUGAAGCCAAUGGCCAAACUUUCGUGGAUUUGAAUGGAGCCGGCUCGCACCCACCCGCAGCCUUCGCUGGGUAAACACACGCGUGGGGCGUGCCAGCACCUUCUUCGCCUCUGGAUGCCUGACCGGGCGCCCCUGUUGGAGAGCUGGACUUGGGCGUUAAGGGGGGGCGCGGAGUUGCGCUGGCCAGCCAUGCUUAGAGGCGGGAAGAGGCUCUUGGGGACCGGAGCCCCCGCCGUCCGCAGCUAAAUCUUGAUGUAAGGGAGUCGUCGUACUCGGCGGGAGACGGUCACCGACCCCACCGGCAGCCCUCUUUCAUUCCCGUGCUGACACCAGAACUUGGCCGGGGCAAGGCGCUCCCUCCGCUUGGAGGAGCUCAAUGCAAAGUCCUGGAAGUCCUAAAGAGUUUGAGACAAGAGUCCUUCAUGAAUCAAAUUCUCCCCUAUGGGAACUUUGCUCACCUUAUGAUCCCUUCUUACAGUCCCAUAUCUGCCAGAUAUUCAUCUGGAAGGAACAAGAGAAAGGAAGCAUUAUCAGUUGUAAGUGAAGAUCAGUCUUUGUUUGAGUGUGCCUACGGGACUCCCCAUCUUGCUAAGUCAGAAAUGACCGCUUCGUCUUCCAGUGAAUAUGGGCAAACAUCAAAGAUGAGUCCACGUAUCCCCCAACAGGACUGGUUAUCCCAGCCUCCAGCCAGAGUCACCAUAAAAAUGGAAUGCACCCCAAAUCAAGUUAACGGCUCAAGGACUUCCCCUGACAACUGCAGUGUGACAAAAAGUGGAAAGAUGACUAAUAACACUGAAAAUGUUGGCAUGAACUAUGGAAACUAUAUGGAAGAAAAGCACAUCCCUCCACCAAAUAUGACCACCAACGAACGAAGAGUUAUUGUUCCAGCAGAUCCUACAUUAUGGAGCACAGACCAUGUACGCCAAUGGCUAGAAUGGGCUGUCAAGGAAUAUGGCCUCCCAGAUGUGGACAUCAUGCUAUUUCAAGAUAUUGAUGGAAAGGAGUUGUGUAAGAUGACCAAAGAUGACUUCCAGAGGCUCACACCAAGCUACAAUGCAGACAUUCUUCUUUCACACCUACACUACCUCAGAGAAACUCCUCUUCCACAUUUGACUUCAGAUGAUGUUGAUAAGGCUUUACAAAACUCUCCACGGUUAAUGCAUGCUAGAAAUACAGGAGGGGCAGCAUUUAUUUUUCCAAAUACUUCAGUUUAUCCUGAAGCAACACAAAGAAUUACCACCAGGCCAGAUAUGCCUUAUGAACCAGCCAGAAGAUCGGCAUGGACAAGUCAUGGUCAUCCUGCUCCUCAGUCAAAAGCUGCCCAAGCAUCAUCUUCAGCUGUGACCAAAACGGAAGACCAGCGCCCUCAGUUGGAUCCUUAUCAAAUUCUUGGUCCAACAAGCAGUCGUCUUGCAAAUCCAGGGAGUGGGCAGAUACAGCUGUGGCAGUUUUUGUUGGAGCUUCUGUCAGAUAGCUCCAAUUCUAAUUGCAUCACCUGGGAAGGUACCAACGGAGAGUUCAAGAUGACUGACCCUGAUGAAGUUGCACGGCGCUGGGGAGAAAGGAAGAGCAAACCCAAUAUGAACUAUGACAAGCUCAGUCGUGCUCUUCGUUAUUAUUAUGACAAAAAUAUAAUGACUAAAGUCCAUGGUAAACGUUAUGCCUACAAGUUUGACUUCCAUGGAAUUGCUCAAGCCCUUCAGCCACAUCCUCCAGAAUCAUCCAUCUAUAAAUAUCCAUCAGACCUGCCCUACAUGAGUUCCUAUCAUGCACACCCCCAGAAAAUGAACUUUGUUGCUCCUCAUGCUCCUGCUUUGCCUGUUACUUCUUCCAACUUUUUUGCUGGACCCAGUCCAUACUGGAAUUCACCAACUGGAAGCAUCUAUCCCAACACUAGGCUCCCAACCACUCAUAUGCCUUCUCAUCUUGGCACUUACUACUAAAGAGGAAGAAUAUUUUAAAGAGUAUGUUUUCCUGAAAUACAAGGAAUUAGAACCAGCAAAACUGAACAAAAUGUGCCUGAAAGACUGAUAAUAUUGACCAAGAUAUAAAACAAACUUUUUUAUAUUGAGAGAUUAAAAAGUGUAAAGAUAUGUUGACAUCAGGUUUAAACAUAAAAGAAGACAAUACACAUCUAGGUAAAAAUUUGUAACAAUAACUAGAACAUGGGGCCAGAAGAAAUUUAUAAGUUUGCUAUGUCUUUUUUCAUAUCACAGUAAAGUAAUACAAGGAUAUUCUAUUAUGAAGUUGGAUGCAAUAGAUGAAUAUAUAAAUUCAAAAAACCAAAUAUGUAAAAAGUGGGAUAAAUAUAUCUCUAGAGCAGACUGUGUUGUGGUUGGGAUAAAAUCGUCUGUAUUCCAUCAAGAGAGAGGGAUCAGAUAUUUCAAAACUGUGAACACAAUACAAGUUAAAGUUUCUUGAUAAUGUUACAGAGCUCUGAGCCAAACAUUGGGUUUGAGGAUGUGCUAAGGGCAAGUGUAUGACUGAAGACUAAGGGUUCAAAUGUCAGGAAGUUCUCCUAUGCAAACCCUGUUGCAAUAAAUAGGAGCUCACAAGAGCACUAUUAAAACCCUAUGUCUGAUAAAUGUAGAGGAAAGGAAUAGGAAAACAUGGGGUGAUAAAGAUGAAGGAAAAUGUAUUUCUUUUAAAGAGGGGGAAACUGACAGUUUUUGAAGAAUUAUUUGCUCGGACAUGACAAAUACCAUAGUAUGUAUUAAGCCAUUUUCAGUAUUAUCAACAAAAAAAAAAAGCCUUUAUUUUUAAGUCAAAAGAGGGAGAAAUAGUGAUAAUCGAAGUAUGCAUCUCUCUAUAAAGAUAUUAAACUGGAAUUGUGUUCUAUUUAAAAUAACAUUUCAAACCUCAUUCUUCUUAAGGGAAGUUGUUGUCUACCAGUUGAAAAGGACAAAACCCAAUUGCCAAUAGACAUAUUUGUUAGGCAGCGCCAGUUUUUCUUUCCGAGUCGCGAACGCUGUGCGUUUGUCAGAAUGAAUUAUACAGGUCAGUGUUAUUUUUUCUUUUGAUAUAAUAAUUAUAUAACUUAUGCAUUUAUACACUACGAGUUGAUCUCGGCCAACCAAAGACAUAAAAAAUGACAAUCAGAAAUACUGUGGCCUUGAAUUUUAACUCUGUAUGCUUCAUGUUUACAUUAUGAAUUUAACUAGUUCUUAGAAAGCAGAAUGUAUGUAAUAAAAUAAGCUUGGCCUAGCAUGGCAAUGCAGAUUCUCACUGUUGUCUAAAUUUUCAUUUUUUUGAAAAAGAAAAAAAAAUUCUUUUUUUUAGAUGAGUAAAAAUAAAUAUUUUUUAAAAUUGUUUAUAAACUUGAAAUACUUUUUAAAAAAUGAAAUAAAAGAAAUUAGAACAUACUUACUUUUACUUCACCCAUUAAAAAUUCAGCUCUAACAGUAAUUAUUACAAUUUGGCAAACCAAAUGAGAAUCCAGACUAGAUGUGGAAUUGACAGGAAGUCUGAAAGGGCCUAUUGCAGAAUUUCUGAUGUGCUUCUCUUGUUAAUGUUGAUCUGGAAAUCUGAAAAUAUUCAUAAUCCUAGAAUUUUCUUUAUAUAUAAAUCUAGAGCAGAGUUUCCCAUUCCAUUGUAUGGAUUGCUGCCUAUUACAUCACAUUAAUUUUCAAUGUGUUGAUAUUGUGUUGUACAAAUGUCAAUGACAGUAAGGAAGAUUAAAUGAUAAUUAGCAGGGAGAACAAGAAAAAGAAAAAGCUAUAUAUUCGGUAUAUCUCUUAUUUCUACCUUAAAGAACUGCAGCCAAAGCACUUCUACUUUCCUUAUUGAAACAUAUUACUUUAGCUUCCUGCUUCCUUGUUCAACAAGGCAACCUUCUCUGCCUGUCACCAGUAUUAUACUGUAUAACAACUCUGUUCUAUUCUCUGUUUUUAAAAAUGUAUUUAUCUAUAUUUUCCAUUGGCACAAGGAACCUAAAUAAAAUUAUGGCCAAUUUAAAAACAUACACAAAAAAGAGUCCAAAGAAUAUUAUUAUGGAUUUCAUUCUGAAUAAACUCAGUUACUUAAAAUAUAAAAUUCCUUGCUAUAACGGGUUUUAUGAUAUGGAGGACUUGCAUUCAUCUGUGAUUGAUGUAUAUAUGGAUAUGAGCUUCUCCAUACAUAUUUAUUGAAACCAUUUUGAGUUUUAUAUAAAAAAAAUCACCUAUCCACUUUAUAUAUUCUUCCUAUAUAUCAACCUUUGUAGAUUUGUCUUGAAUAUUUUAUAGAAUUAAUUGUAUGUAUUUCUUAGCAUGAUUAUUUGCUCAAAGCAAAAAAAAAUUCAGGUACUUCCAAGGCUUGACUAUUCACUUGACUGACUCAUUGACUUUGCACUUUUUCAUCUAUACAGGAAAUGUAGCCAAGCCUAAUAGUUAAAAUGUAAUAAAAUCUAUCUUAAAUUUUGCCAUGCAAAAGAAGUGCAGAACUUACAUAGCCUUCAAUAAAAUAAAUUAUCCGUAUUCAGCCCACUGUAUUUGGUUCUCUGCAAGAGAGCAAACUGCCUCCAGAUCCACCUGGUAGCAAGUUCCUUCAUCUUGCUAGAUGGCAGGGUCAGGACUGAGCUGAAUUUAAUCUAGACCUGAGCCAUCCGUCAGUUGUUGAGGGAAAAAGGAGUAAAAAAAUAAUUACAAUGAAAUGAUAUUUUAAAAAUGCAUCCAUCAGGAAGCAGAGGAAAUGGAUAUUCUCUUUGUAGUCAGGUGUUUCCUGUACAAAGAGGUACUCUCAGGCUAUUGCAUAUGAUGGAAUGUGAAUUAAAUCUAAAUAUUCUGGAUUACAGGUUAGGCUCUCUACAGUAUUAGGCCUGCCAGAAGUUGAAACUGGAUAGUAUUAGAUACAAUAACCUCUCUUCUAUGAAAUUUGAACAAAGACCUAAUUCAAAAUGUAGGAGUUCUAACAUUACAUCAUACAUACCCUGUUUCCCCCAAAAUAAGACAUCCCCUGAUAAUAAGCCCAAUCGGGCUUUUGAGAAUAUGGCAAUAAAGCCAAGCGCUUAUUUCAGGGUUCAAAAAAAUAUAAGACAGGGUCUUAUUUUCAGGGAAACACGGUAUUAAAGUCAUUUCAAAUUUUCACUCCUACAUUGGCUCUGGAUUCUCUAAUCCAGAUAAUGAGUUAUUAAUAUCUGAAAAUUGAUCUUUUCAGUUUUUCAUUCUGGGAACUUUGUUCCUUCAAUUUCAUAUCUCUAUUUUUUUUUAAGACACUCACAAGCCAUUCUAUCUCUCUGUAGUUGGGUGGUUACUAACAAGUUUUUAUUAAGAUACACGCUCUUUAAAAUUGUACUUUUCUUUUAGAAUAAAAGUGUUACUGUUUCAAAAUGUUUGGUGUAACUACUUCCUUGGUGUAAGAUCCAAAAUAUAAUUAAAUGAUGACUAGACCUAGAUCAAUCAAUUUUGGCUUUUUAUCACACUUCUUGUAUUCUUAGCAUGUAUUUAAGAGGGGAUUUUUAUGGUCAUUUCUUGUUUUAACACAGUAUUACUGUCAAUGAAAUGAUAGAAGAGAGUCAAGGAAAGUACAGUAUAUACUUGUCACUAUCAUUGAUCUUGUAGUUAUUAUUAAAUCAACCUACAUAGACACAAUUCCACUUCAACUGCAAGAGCUGUAAUUUUACUACAGCAUGGAUGCCAAGUUUUGUUUCCAGGGCCUCUUGCACCUGAUUUUAUUGUUCCUCUGUUUCAGAAUCUUUUUUGUAUUAUUCCUGACCUCUUAAAAUAAAUGGAGAGCUUGUUCCUGCUGGUA